AUGUCUCCCUCGGGUACCAAUCUCCUUGCUUCCCGGCCAACGACUACGGCCGUGGCGACGCAAACGCCGAAGCGGUUUCCGAAGGCCGAUCGCUCCAUCAAACCCACAUCACAUCCAAAACUCCAGGCGAAUCCGUUUUACAUUGCCGGGCAGAGUUACGGGGGCCAUUACGUGCCUGCAGUCGCGGCGUACAUCCUUCAGUCCCAAGACGCCAACACCACUGCGUUUCGAAUCAAUUUACAGGACAUUACCAUUGGCAACGGACUCACAGAUACGGUCACCCAGUACCCCCUCCUUGUCAACAUGGUGGUUGAGAACUCGUACAACAUCACGCUAGUGUCCCCCGCUCAACUCGAGAAAAUGCAAAACGAUGCCGUGCACUUAGUAGCUCUUGUGGCCCAAUACGACUUUUGGGACGCCAACCUGUGCGAGCCAGACGUAUAUGACGAUCUUGGCGGGGCGAAAACGACUUUGUUUUUGAACCAACCGUGGGUGCAGCAGCAACUCCGCGUCCACAAACCGUACGCGAUGAGCAACGCAACGGUCCUGGAGGACUUCGCCGUCGACGAAGAAAAGGACGCCGUGCACUUUGUCGCGAGUGUCCUCGCCCGGGGUUGCGGGAAGCUCCAGUGCUCGGGCCACGAUGGCUUCAAUGCCGCGAACGUGACACCAUUCGUGGUCAAUGGAAACGUAGCUGGAACCGCGAAUGAGCAUACCUUUGUGCGAGUGUUCAACUCGGGCCAUUGCAUGCCACGAGACCAACCGGCGGUGUCGGCCGCCCUCAUCAAUCGAUCCCUCCAGAAUGGAACGCUGUAG